AUCCCAUCCCAUGGCUGAUCCAGGAUGCUUGGGAAGCAGGCACAUGGUGGCCUCCAUGGAUGGCAACCAGCAGCAAACCCACAGCUGGACCUGCAGGGAUCCAGCACAACAACAAAAUCCGAAGAUCAGUUUUGACAGAGUAAAAUACUACAAAUUACACUGUCAGAUGACCUCAUCACCCAGGGCUGGCAUGCUGGAUUGCAACAUUGCUGGAAGGAAAAGCAGGAGCACUACAGGAAUCUCUGCUCCAUGGAAAAGUGUUAUUUUUGGAUCCUCCGGGAAGGCGUGCCCAGAAAACCAGCGGCUCCCUGGUAUCAUCACCAAGUUUCUGCUCCUGGCAGCGCUCCAUCCUCUCCUUCUCAUCCCACGUUACUCCAGGACAGCCUGCUGGGUCAUGGGAAGCUGUUUCCAGCCAGCAGGCAGGAGCCCAUUGGAGGAGGACAGUGCUGGAUGGACCAUCAAUCCCUUGGCCAGAGCAGUUUGGAACCCAGUGGCAGAGGCAGCAGGUCCCUUACAGAGUCUCCACCACCUCCCUACUCUCGGCUGUCUCCUAAUGAUGAGCAAAAGCCACUGGAUCUAUCAGAUUCCACGUUGUCUUACACUGAAACAGAGGCUACAAACUCGCCCAACGUCACGCCCGGAGAUUUCUCAGAUGCCAGCACGUCGCCCGAUGCCGUGAAGAGGAGCCAUUGGUGCAACGUGGCCUACUGGGAGCACCGGACGCGCGUCGGCCGCCUCUACACAGUGUACGAACAGUCUGUCAGUAUCUUCUAUGACCUACCUCAAGGAAACGGCUUCUGCCUCGGACAGCUAAACCUGGACAACAGGAGCGAGACUGUGAGAAGGACUCGAAGUAAAAUCGGCUACGGGAUCUUGCUCAGCAAAGAGCCGGACGGCGUGUGGGCCUACAACCGCAGCGAGCACCCCAUCUUCGUCAACUCCCCGACACUGGACAUCCCCAACUGCAGGACCCUCAUCGUGCGCAAGGUCAUGCCGGGCUACUCCAUCAAGGUGUUUGACUACGAGAAGUCCUGCCUCCUGCAGCACACGGCCGACCUGGAUUACGCAGACGGGCCCUACGACCCCAACAGCGUCCGGAUCAGCUUCGCCAAAGGUUGGGGGCCCUGCUACUCCAGACAGUUCAUCACGUCCUGCCCGUGUUGGCUGGAGAUCCUACUCAGCAACAAUCGAUAACGGUCGGCCCUCUGACGAAAGGAAAGACACACGGAAUUAAACCCCCCUCCCCCCCCCCACAAAAAAAAAAAAAAAAAAA